UCUCUUUGUUGUUCGAAGAAGUAUAGGGUGAUUUCUCCCCUGGGUUCUGCUACUGUGCGUCGCACCGUUUUCAUCUCUUUUCUCUCCGAUGUAAUUUCCGGCGACUCAUUGGAAUAUGACCACGUACGGAACCAUACCGGCGGGAACGCCGGUAUCCCCAAGCCUAGGGUAUAUUUCCUUCGCCAGGGAACGGAUCAGAUCAAGCCUUGGCACACGCCGGCCAUGGAAGGAGAUGGUCCACCUCCGGUCACUCUCCAUUCCGGCCAACGCUGCCGAAGCAUUCCAGAGAAUCAAAACCAACGCUGCCUACUUUCGGAUGAACUACGUCAUCGUCAUUCUCUUCAUCCUCUUCCUCAGCUUGCUCUGGCACCCAAUCUCCCUCAUCGUCUUCGUCGUCACAAUGGCCGCCUGGCUCUUCCUUUACUUCCUCCGCGACGGACCCGUCGUGAUCCUCGGGCGCUCGAUCGACGAUCGCGUGGUGAUGGUUGUUCUGGCAGUGGUCACCAUCGUUCUGCUGUUUUUGACGGAUGUGACGAUUAACAUUCUGGUGUCGCUAUUGAUUGGAGUGGUGGUGGUUUUGACGCACAGUGUCGUGAGGAUGACUGAGGAUUUGUUCGUGGAUGGAGAAGAUGGUGCGAGAUUGCGAUUGAGAGAUGCUGCUAGUUCUUCGUUUUCUACAACGUAGCAGUGUGAUGCGGUCGUUUCAGUUAAGGAUUUUUGUAAUUUUUAUUUUAUUUUCAUAAAUUGGUAUUUAUUGAUUCUUUAUUGAAUGCAGACUUUCCUUUUCCUUUCUUAUCUCUGGUUGUUGUUGGAUUGAAAAGAAAACGAAUUCAUCACUGGAGAAUUUCUAUUGUUAAGGGCUUGAAAAAAAUUUAGGCAUUUAAAUCAAA